UGGACCGUGAUGUCAACAGAGUACUGGCCCUGAGAACAAAAUGGCUGGUUGAUUUCUACAAAAAUAGUGAUUUCAUGAAAGCAAUAUUUUAUUCAUUUGGGAAAUGAACAAUCUCAAUGACUUUGGUUAAUAUUUUGCAUUCAGUGUGCAUGUGAUGAACUGAUGGCCAAGCCAUUUGAAUUUAACUGGCGUAUACCAGUACCUGAAGUUCUUCAAAUAGGAUGUGUAUUUGAUAUCUGGGAUGAGGAAUAUUCUGUCUAUGAGUCUAACUGUAUGGUCAAAGUGGAUGAGUAUGGAUUCUUUAUAUGUUGGAAAAGUGAAGGAAGGGAAGGUCAGGUACUAGAAUGUUCCCAAGUUAAUGACAUCAGGCUUGGUUUGGCCCCUAAAGUCAGUGACACCAAAGUUUUGGCUGAUAUACUAGAAAAGAGUCCUCACAGCCUAGACUCUCGUACAGUAACUGUCUGUAGUGGUCUGGACUUGGUAAACAUUACAUACACCUUAUUAAUAGCCAGGGACCCUGAUGUUGCCAAGGUUUGGUUUGAAGGACUAAGGAAGAUCACUCUCAACACGAAAGCCAACAAUGUCUGUCCCAUGACACAACUCAAGAAGCACUGGAUCAAAUUAUGUUGUAUGGUGAACCCAAGUGGGAAAAUUCCAGUCAGAGGCAUCACGAGAACAUUUGCGUCUGGUAAAACAGAGAAAAUGGUAAUGUCAAGUCUCAAAGAUUUGGGCCUACCAAGUGGAAAGGGAGAUGAAAUAGACCCAGGUCUGUUUACUUUUGACAAGUUCUAUGAACUCUACCACAUGAUAUGCCCACGUUCUGACAUAGAGGACCUCUUUAAAUCAUUAUCACAGAAUCGGUCUUAUUUGGAUAUACCACAACUCAUAGAAUUUUUUAAUGAUAGGCAAAGAGAUCCCAGGCUUAAUGAAAUCCUGUUCCCAUUUUACAACCAUUUCCGUGUCAAAAACAUCAUUCAGUCUUAUGAAACAGAUGCAGAUUAUUUGAGUAAAGAUUGGCUGAGCCUGGAUGGUUUCUGUCGUUACUUGAUGUCAGAUGAGAAUGCCCCAGUUUUUCUUGACCGCCUGGACAUUUACAUGGACAUGGAUCAGCCCUUAGCACACUACAUUAUCAACUCUUCCCACAAUACAUACCUGACAGGAAGACAGUUUGGUGGUCGCUCUUCUGUUGAGAUGUAUAGACAGGUGCUCCUAGCUGGAUGUAGGUGUGUAGAACUAGACUGCUGGGAUGGCCGCAAUGAAGACCAGGAGCCAAUCAUCACCCAUGGGAAGGCAAUGUGCACAGAUAUUUUGUUUAAAGAUGUGAUUCAAGCCAUCAAGGAGACAGCCUUUGUCACAUCGUGUUAUCCUGUCAUAUUGUCCUUUGAAAACCACUGCAGUAAACUUCAACAGUACAAAAUGGCCAAAUAUUGUGAAGACUUGUUAGGAGACUUCCUGCUGAAGAAACCGAUAGAAGGUCACCCGCUAGAGCCUGGGGUGCCACUACCAUCUCCCAAUCAACUCAAGUUUAAAAUUUUAAUCAAAAAUAAAAGACUCAAACCGGAAGUAGAAAAACAGCAGCUGGAGAUGUUUCAGAAAGGGAUGAUACAGAUUGUGAAUGAGGACAGUGAAGUGAUAGAAGAUCCCAAUGUGGUGGCCACUGUGGAUGGAGAGGAUGGGCCACUGAAUGAUGAAGAUGCUGACAGUGCCAGCAGCAUUGACAGCUCCCCACCACCACCACCACAAGUCACAACCGCCACUGCUAGUACCUCCACCAAAACCUCUGACUUGGUACCAACCACCAAGAAUACAGACACAGAGGCCCACCCUGAGCUAGCUAAGACCAACACAGGCAGCGUGGACUCUGACUCUGAGCUCAAGAAAACUAGUGUCAAGAUACCUCUGUCUAAAAAGGCUAAAGAGGAGUUGGAUGACUUGUUAAAGACAGACUCUAUGGACACUGCUCUAACUGCUGAUGAAGAAGCUGCCCUCAUGUCUUCCUACCAUUACACUGGGGCCACCACCAACAUACAUCCAUAUCUCUCUGCCAUGGUCAACUAUGCUCAGCCAGUCAAGUUCCAGGGCUUUGAUGUUGCUGAAGAGAGAAAUGUCCAGUACCACAUGUCCUCGUUCAAUGAAAACACGGGCCUUGGUUACCUCAAAACGCAGGCCUUGGAGUUCGUCAAUUACAACAAAAGGCAGAUGAGCCGAAUUUAUCCCCGUGGUGGCAGAGUGGAUUCCAGCAACUUCCUACCCCAAAUUUUCUGGAAUGCUGGAUGUCAAAUGGUGGCCCUGAACUUCCAGACUGCUGACAUCAAUAUGCAGCUCAACCAGGGCAAAUUUGAAUACAAUAGUAAUUGUGGAUAUUUGUUAAAGCCUGAUUUCAUGCGUAGACCAGACAGAACAUUUGACCCGUUCUCAGAGAGUCCAGUGGAUGGAGUCAUAGCUGCUCAUUGUUCAGUCCAGGUUAUAUCUGGCCAGUUUUUAUCGGAUAAAAAAGUUGGCACUUAUGUAGAGGUGGACAUGUAUGGACUGCCCACCGACACGAUUCGUCGAGAAUUUCGGACUAGAGUAGUUCCCAACAAUGGCCUGAAUCCCAUUUAUAAUGAAGAACCAUUUGUAUUUCGAAAGGUGGUGUUACCUGAGCUGGCAGUGCUGAGAAUCGCCGUCUUUGAAGAUACUGGCAAACUGAUUGGUCAGCGUAUCUUACCAUUAGAUGGCUUGCAAGCAGGUUACCGUCACAUCUCAUUAAGGACUGAAGGAAACUUCCCUCUGUCUCUACCAACUGUGUUUUGUCGAAUCAUCCUCAAGACGUAUGUCCCUGUCGAGUUUGGGGAUUUUGUGGAUGCUCUGUCUGCUCCUAUACUGGCCAUGUCCCAGGCAGAGAAAAGAGAGAAGGCAAUGAAAGACAUGGGCAUUGAUGAGAGAGACAUUUCUGAUGUACCAGUGGUCAGACCUACAAAAAUUAAUAGGCCACAGAAUGGUCAGAUGUCUAAUUCUCCUAAUCGCAUGUCUCAGCCCAAUUUAAAUUCUGUGACUGGCAAGAAAGACGAUAGAAGAGUCCCUGAAGAGAUGAUAUUUGAAGCAAUCACCAGAGAAAAGCUGACAUUGGAGAAAAUCUACUUCAAGUUGUUGCGUAAACAAGCCAAAGACUUGGAGAUGCUGAAGAGACGUCACCAGAAGGAGAGGUCGAUGAUGCAGAGAGCUCACUGUACAGUCGUUGAUAAGCUGGUGGCAACCCAUGACAAAGAGAAAUCUGCCACGGAGAAAUCCAUGGAGAAAAAAUUGAAAAAGAAUAAAGAUAGCAGCUCAGAUCUGAAGACACAUGAAGGGAAAGUCUUGAACUUGGUCAGUGAUCACAAACUCAAGAUCAAUGAAUUGGUAGUUCAACAAACCAAAGAAUGGUCAGACAUGGUGGUUAGACAGAUGACAGAGGAGCAUGAAUUGUGGAAAGAGCAUAUAGUCCAACAAAACGAAUCCUUGGCCAAACUACUGGAAGAUGCCCAGAAAGAACAAAUGGCCGAGCUAGAAGCCAAACAAGAGAGGGAGAACAAAGAGCUUAAAGCUAACCAAGCCAAGCACUCCAUGGAUUCCACCAAGACAGUGCUCAAUGAUAAAAGUAUCAAGAACAAAGCAGAAAGAGAAAGGAGAAUCCGAGAGCUGAAUGAAAACAACACCAAAAAGUUUAUUGAAGAAAGAAAACGAUUUGCAGUGAAACACAACAGACAACAGGAAGCUCUGAAGAAAGUCCACUUGGAACAAACUGAGAAAAUGUUAGCAGAGAACCAGAAGGCUAUUGAAAUGAUUGAGAUGGCUUAUGAAGAAGCUAAGAUGGCAACUAAACCAGAGACUGACGUAUAAGCUGCUCAACACUAACUGGAGAUCAUAAAAAAACAUUUUCAGUCCUGUUUUUUUUUUAAAUCUGUGGCAGCGUAAUGAAAAAGUAGAGGGCACUGUUUCAGAUUUCCUCCCAACAUUCUGCUGUGGAGACAUUUAGACCUAGUCAUGGCAAGAUGUCUCAGCCUGGAGGACAGUCACUAUUUUGUGUGUCUUAGUUUUCCAAUGCUACUGUGUGCAGCUCUACUGACCUUCUCGUAUUGUUGCAUAAUAUAGCUGUCAGUGUAUAUAGAGUAGGCUGAUGUAUAUAUGUGCUGGUCAGGAAUUCACAUCCAAAGAAAUGGUUGACUUGUCCAGUGACCGGCCAUUUUGUUAUUUAUUUUGUUUUGAACAAACUUUGUACUAUAUUUCAUAAACCAGACACACAUUUUGAUGACAUGGACUGGUCAUUGUGAAAUAGAAAUUUCAAGAAUGUUAUAAAUGAAUUUUUUUUUUUUUUAAAGUCAUCUUUCUCCAGCAGAUUAAUUCCUUUCAUUUAGUAACUCAUGAACUAAACCCUUUGACGUUCCAUUGACUGACUUCUCAGAUUGAUGACUCCACACAUUGACUUGACUGACCCAUCUGAUUGACUGACUCCACCCAUUGACUGACUACUCAGCACCACUUUAAAGUCAUAAUGUUCAUUAAGCUGUUCCCUCCCAGCCAUUGACUGACUCCACCCAUUGACUGACUACUCAGCAUCACUUUAAAGUCAUAAUGUUCAUUAAGCUGUUCCCUCCCAGCCAUUGACUGACUCCACCCAUUGACUGGCUCCACCCAUUGACUGACUACUCAGCACCACUUUAAAGUCAUAAUGUUCAUUAAGCUGUUCCCUCCCAGCCAUUGACUGACUCCACCCAUUGACUGGCUCCACCCUUUGACUGACUCCACCCAUUGACUGACUACUCAGCACCACUUUAAAGUCAUAAUGUUCAUGAAGCUGUUCCCUCCCAGCCAUUGACUGACUCCACCCAUUGACUGGCUCCACCCUUUGACUGACUCCACCCAUUGACUGGCUCCACCCUUUGACUGACUCCACCCAUUGACUGACUACUCAGCACCACUUUAAAGUCAUAAUGUUCAUGAAGCUGUUCCCUCCCAGCCAUUGACUGACUCCACCCAUUGACUGGCUCCACCCUUUGACUGACUCCACCCAUUGACUGGCUCCACCCUUUGACUGACUCCACCCAUUGACUGACUACUCAGCACCACUUUAAAGUCAUAAUGUUCAUGAAGCUGUUCCCUCCCAGCCAUUGACUGCUGCUGUUGUACACUUAGCUUAUAUCUGUAUUUAUUUCUGUGUGUCCAAUCCAACCAAUGCAUUGAUUCCAUUUUGUCUGCUUGAUAUCUAGACAACUAUUUCUUGCCAUCUACAUUUGUUGUUAUGUGAAACUUAUUCUACCAUGCAAUAGCUACAGCUGAGACAACUCAGUACUUAGAGUCGGUACUGGUUUCUAAUGCUUUUUUUUUAGCUUUCUCUUUGUUCAGUUAGUCUGUCCUGGUAGGCUUACUAUACCUGUUAAGUAUUCCUUGAUACAUUCGUAAACUUUGAAUAUGUUCAAGAUCAACCCAUCAGCUAGGGAUAGAAUUUUAUUUUUUUCUUAGUAUAAAUAUUUACACAUUGCUUAUCAAAGGAACAAAAAAAGAUUGAUACAAUUUUUUUGACCAGUUAGGUGACACUUUUGAAGAAAACUCACCUGGCUUUAGGAUUUCACCUAAAAAAAAUAAAUUCUCCUUGUCAUUUAUUUCGGCACACAGUAUGGCCACUACCGUUAACUGAUUUAUUGUAAAUCUUAAAAAAAUUAUUUACUGGCUAAAAUUGUAUUCUUUUUUUUUUAAAUGUAUCUCACAAAUUGUGUCCAAGUAGGCACACAGCGUUGUGCUUUAAAUAAGUCCAGCAUAACCUAAAAUUGUCUAGGUGAAGCAGAUGUGUUCUAGGAUACCUUGAAUACUUUUCUUUUUCUUUCACUGUCAUGACUGUGUGACGUGUCAGCCAGUAUUUUACUUGUCAUAUUUGGCAUUGUCACCUUUCUAGAAUUUAAACAAGUUUUUUUUUUUUUUUUACUUGUUAGUUUCCGUUGCAUUUUUUUUUUUUCAUCCAAUACUGUUUUUGUGAUGAUACUAUUUCUUGUUCAUUAAAUUGUAUACAUGAAUUCCUAUUCAUUGUGAACAUUAGAAUCUCUCAGAGCUUUUCAAAACUAUACUUUAUAUUUACUCUACUAAAUAGAAUCUCAGAGCUGUUCUCAAAAAAUAAUCUUUGUAUUAACUCUGUCCAAAGAAAUAAGAGCUGUUUUCAAAUUGUCUAUCUAUAUAUACGUUAAAGCCCUGACUGACUCGUUGCUAAUUCUUCCCCUUGGGCUGGAGGAUGAGAAUGUAUAUAUUUACUCAAGCAAAAAAGGAUCUCUGAGCUCUUAUUAUCAAAAGAUGGUUGUCUCUGGGUUAAGUCUGCCGUCUGCGACUAUCUCUAGAACAUCUUUCAGUUUGUACUUGAGGAAAUUAAGACUGUGAUAUUUGUUUUUCUAGGAGUUUUAUGUUUAUUUAAUUCAACGUUAUUUUGUGUGUUUCUUGUGUUUCGUAUCCAGCACCACAUGGACGCUGGUUUUGAGUUUGUGUCGCUCUUUCAGGAUGGAUGAGUUUUGUUUCUUGAUUUUAAUCGUCUCAUUGAGAUUACCAGUCGAAUGGUUCUUGUGGCAAUCUCUUUCAAAGCCCUAUUUUAGUAUGUUUUUAUAGUUCAGUGAUUGGUUCUUUUGUGAUUUUCACCUGGCCGUUACAUUUAGUUCAGAUUUCAGCACAUAAAUCAGCUAGCGUGUGGAUGUUGCCUGAGAUACCAGCAAUACGAAACUUUGGAGCCAGUUGAUACAAUGUGACAGCAAUAAAUAAUAAUAUUAAGACACAAGUCUGCGAGUUAAAUAGUACCAAUUGCAGGGAAAUGAUUCACACACUGUUCUGUAGUAACUAAGACCAUUAGGAUUUUAUCACUCUUGGUUGACUAGCAGGAAAUGUUGUAUGGAUGUUUAAUCAAGUUUAUUUUUAAAUGAAUUAUUAUUAUUAUUAACAUUCAAAUCCAUUCCCAGUGGAUACUUGGUAUAACAGUGCAUGGGGACAGCUGACAUUGAUAUGUGUUCAGCUCUAAGUUGAUUUGACUGGAGUUUUUUGUUUUGAUCACAUUGAAGUCACAAACAAGUGAUCUAGUCAGUGUGCUGUUGUUUGAUCAGAUGUUGUCAGAAGUGUUGGUCAGUAAAGUGAAUGAUUGGCAGUAACAAAGGACAGUGCUGUAGAUUAGUUGUGUAUUUAUUUUUUUAGUUGUGUAUUUAUGGCCAGUUCAGUAAAUGUCUGUUCAGUUAAAGAAUUUUCAAGAUAGCAACAUCAAUCAAUUAUUUUUCAAGCAGUUACAUAUAAUAUAUGAAUCAUGCCUGCCAGGCCAUGCGGUAUGAGCGCUGUACUGUCAUUUGGUCUUCCCAAUAGUCCCGGGUACAAACCCUGCCCGCUACCAUCUUCAACUCUGAAGGGACAUCCAAAACUUGUCAAACAUUCUAAAUCAUAAAGUGAGCUGUGAAUUAGCCAUACCAAUCAUUUCUAGUUUAAACUUUGUUUUUCAACUGCUCAUAGUGACUUGGUAUGUAUCAGCUUGAACAUUUCUGCUAAAUGUCUCAGCAGCUAAAUCUAAUGCUAAUGAACUUUGUGUGAAUUCAUGUGUUUCUCAAUUUGUUUCCAUCAGCUGAUUUUUAUUUUAUCCUUAUUGUGUGGCUCAGUUGACUUAGAUUACUAUCUUGAUUUUCAGCCAAUAUUUGUGUUGUGCAGUUGGAUGAGAAAAGAUAAUGUUUUAAUGCGCUUCUGUUAGUCAUUGCAUGAAAUCAAAUGAACAGCAUUAAUGGAUGAAAUCAAAUUAACCUAAUAAUAUGGUAACAAAAAUAUUUUAAAAAUGUCAAUCAAUUUGAGCAUGGGGAAAUGUUCUGGCUGCUGAUCAAAUGAGAACAUUCUAGUCUUAUUGUAUAGGCUCUUAAACAACUGCUUUUAGCUAAUCCUUGUGUUACAGCUGUUAUUGUCUUGUUUAGUCACUUGGUGAAAUAUUUUAUUUUGUGUGAUACUGUCAUGAAGGCAGAUCAAUGGGCCAUCACUCCUGAAGGUGAUCUAGUCAUAUUUGUGUUUUAAUAAUUAUAAAGUCGUAUCAGUGUUCUUCUAGAAGUCAACCGUCACUUAGCACUAUCCACUUUCCUGGUAAGUCUGGUCAAUAGAUCUACCUAACUGGACAUUUAAUAGCCCCUAUAGGUUAAGUGACUGUUGACUUUAACAGUGUUGACUACUAUGUCAACGCAGUCUGUCUAGAAAUUGUUUUUGUAAUGAUUGAAUUGAAUGUUUAAAAAAAAAUCAUCAUUUAUCAUUCUAUCAGACAUGAUCUCUCUUUCAAUUGCUUUUUACCUCCCUUGCUUUCAAGCUUUUUUUUUUUUCUCUCAUUCUAUAUUUUAGUCUCAUUUUUUUCUUACAUUUUUUUUUCUUUCUAUUUUCUUGAUAAUUCAAAUCUCUCAGCCAAUAAAAAAUUAUGACAUAACAUGACUCACAACCUGGCCAUGUGCAAUAAUAAAAACUCUUUCUUUUUUUUUCUAAUUCUCUCUCUCUCUCUCUCUCUCUCUCUCUCUCUCUCUCUCUCUCUCUCUCUCUCUCUCUCUCUCUCUCUCUCCAUUUUGUUGUGCACCAGAACUUAUUUCAAUAAGGAGAGAUAGCUCUCUUUUCUGAUGUUGUUAUGUAUCACACUAUAAAAUAUUGCUCUCCAGAUUUGACUGGAAGUGUAAAGCAUUGAUCAGACACAGUAUAGUUCUGUCCUCUCUGGAGCACACGGUCUUAAGUAGAUCUAGGGAGAGCUCAUUUGAGAAUUAAAAUGGAACCUAAUCAAUUAUGCAAACAGUGCUCCAUAUUGUGAAUAUUUUUUUUUACAAUAGUAUUUAGACUAAUUUUUAAAUGUCUUUAGCAAUACAAACGCUUGUCUAUGUCUUGUGGAAUACAGACUUGCUUAGUCUAUGUCUUGUGGUCAAAGUACAUUUCUUAAAAUCUUUUUCAUGACAAAAUGUUUCUUUCCUUGAGUGGUAUUUAUCCGUCUCUUUGUUUGUUUACAUUGAUUAAACAAUUGUUUCAUGUAUCAAUAUUCUACUGACAAAUAAAUUAUUCAGUUUAUAAAUAAUACAAAUAGGCAAAUGAUGUCAAUAAUCAUCAAACAGUCUAGCGAUGAAGACAUGGCAUUUAAACUAUCUAGUCAUUUUUUGUUUAUUUAAAAAAAAGCUAUAAUCAUCUGGCCUCUCCAGCAAUGUAUGAUUAUCAACUGGCUCAAAUCAUCUGGCCUGUCCAGCAAUGUAUUUAUAAUUGAUCACAAUUAUCUGAACUGUCCAGCCAUGCAUGAUUGUAUAAAUGCCCACAAUCAUCUGACCUGUCCAGCUAUGCAUGAUUGUAUAAAUGUCCAUGAUCAUCUGACCUGUCCAGCAAUGUCUGUAUAAAUGUCUAUGGUUAGCUGGCCUGUCUAGCAAAGUAUGAUUGAUAGAUUGUAGAUCAGUGUACAAAUAUUUUCAAUCUUACAUGCUCUUUGAGUACACCACAUCUCUUGUUCUAUCACAAGACUGUGGUCUAGUCAACAACUCUGUGGUCUAGUCAACAACUCUGUGGUCUAGUCAACAACUCUGUGGUCUAGUCAACAGCUCUGCUUCUUCCCUCCCUGUGCUCAUUAUUAGCAGUCAUUGUUCUCUACAUUUGGACUCAGUAUUUUUGUUAUUACUUGUACAAUGUGUACAUUUCUGUUUGGAAUCAUGGUUUGUUUUUUUUUUUUCUAGUUGUCUGCCCUUAGUUUCUGAAUCUGUGUAGUUGUGUCCGAUCAGUUUUGUUUUGUUUUUUUUUUUUAGGAGUUUUUCAGCUGACAGAUUGAAUGUUUAGAAGAAAUAAAAAUUUGGUAACUGGUA